GGUGUUUGGACGUUUUCAUCUAUAUGUGGAGCAGAUUAUAGGGCAACCUUGGCUAUAUGAACAAUUUUUAGCGCACAAAGUGGUCAAGCUAGUGAAAGUGGAAAAGAAGGGAGUGGGGUGGGCGGAGGUUGUAUAAAAUGGAACCGCAGCGGAGGAACGGCACAGUUCACAUCACAAGUUCCAAGAAUGAACAGCUUGGGCGUUGCUCUCCUUGUAUUCGUCUUGGCUGGAGCCACCAUGGGUGGCUUUCUCGGAGGUCAUGGCGGAGGACAUGGCGGUGGCCACGGUGGUGGAGUUAUCCUACUUAAGGGCGGAUUUGGCGGAGGCUUCGGCGGUGGACAUGGCGGCGGACAUGGCUUUCACAGUGUUCAAGCUCUACAAGGACCCACGUACCUAGUCAAGACAGUUCACCACGUCCACAAGCUUCACGGUGGUGGUGGGCAUCUUGGAGGACACGGAGGCGGCUUCGGCGGCGGCUUCGGUGGCGGCCACGGUGGCGGCCACAAGGUCGUUCUCCUCGGUGGUCAUGGACACGGCUGGCAUGGACGCUAAGGAGAACCUCGUAUGGAUAUAGACUAUGCGCAAAAUUGCGGUGCAAAGUCACAUGGUACGCGUUUACGUUGAUGACCGCAAUGAU